GACAUCGUAAAAUCAUAACAACAAAAUAUCACAACAUCACAAUAUCACACCACCGUUCCCCUCUAACCAUCAUGGCAAUCAAAUACGACAACGUCAUUGUCUUUGGGCCCACGGGCGCAGUGGGCCGCGCAGUUUCCCAAGAAGCUGCCAAGCGAGGCGCGAAAGUAACACUGGCUAUGCGCGACCCAAGCAAGAAGAUCCCGGGCCUCGACGAGCAACAGGGCAAAUUCGAGCGCAUCAAAGCAGAUCUCGGAGACGUAGCCUCUGUCGAGAGCGCCAUCCGCCAAUCCGGAGCAAAAGCGGCCUUCUUCUACCAGAUACACGGAACGGGCGACGGCAUGAGAUCCGUCAUCGAGACAAUGAAAACCGCUGGAGUCGAAUACGUCGUCUUCCUGUCCUCGUUCACCAUCUUUCCCGAGGAAGAUCCACAUGAUGUUAGUCGCGAAAGGCUCAUUCCGUAUCUGCAUGCUUCGAUAGAAGCUACGAUUGACGAUCUUGGUUUGGCGUCUACCAUGUUACGCCCGGGGGCGUUCGCGUACAACAUCUUCCACCAGGAUGUGGAUCGAUCAUCGGAUGUAUGGAAGGCAGAAAUCCCGGAAUCCGACAGGAAAGCAGAUUGUAUCGUACCGAAGGACAUCGGUCGAGUCGGAGGUGCGGUCUUGGUCGAUCGGCCUGCAGAAGGACAGAAGGAAAUUGUAUACCUCUAUGGCCCUGCGCUUCUUACCCGCGAAGACAUGAUUGCAACUAUCGGGAAAGUUUCGGGUAAGCAGAUCAGUACGACGGUGCAAAGCACCGAUGAUCACAUCAAAUCUAUGGUCGCCAGAGGUCUCCCUGAAAUAGCUGCAAAGUAUCUAUGCAAGGCAGAUAAUGGUCAGCUCCACGAUCGGUACUAUGCGGAUGGGCGCCAUGAAGAAGGAUGGGAAAACAUCAAAAAGUACUCUGGCUACGAGCCAACGAGUUUCGAGACUUUUGUUGACGAGUACUUAGCUGAGAACUGAUUUCCUGUAUAUCGUAAACUUGCAGCAGCUUGGCUUAAAAUUCAUAUGUUUU